AUGAUAGUGUCAGGCUCACUUGGACAAAAAAUAAUAGCAGAUAUUGAAGCAUGGCCACAACUGGAGUCAGUCUAUGUAUUCUGUCGCAACCAAGCAGCUCAUGAACAAUGGGCCAAUAAAGUACCAAAGGUUAAAGGUGUAUACACAAAAAUCAAACCAAUCUGUAAGGCCUUGCAGAUCGAUCGCGAAAAUUGUGAUCGAGCAAUGAUCUCGAUCAGCUUUAAUGGUCGUGAUGCAUUAUUUAUGUAUACACAACUUUUAAAAGAAGCACUCUUGGAAAUCGAAGAUGAUGAUAAAAAAUCCAUCAAAGAUCUGGUCGAUUAUUGUCGUGAACAGGAUGAUAUUUCUGAAGAUCAAAUUAAACUUGUUGAACGUGAAUAUCGUCAUCAUACACCAAUAUGGUGGUAUACGGCUGAAACAUUUAUAUAUUCAAUGCUCAAUCGGGGCCUCCGAGAAAUGGAUGUUGACAUCAUCCUUAAAAUGGGAUUUUUCAUCCGUCAUUUACAUCAGCAUAUUACCGAACUACAUCACGAACAAAAAGGCAGCAUGCCAACAAAUUUUCAAGUCUUCCGUGGACAAGGUUUCUCCAUGGAAGAUUUUGAAAAAAUGAAAAAAACCAAAGGAGGUCUUAUGUCCUUUAAUAAUUUUCUGUCCACAAGUCGUAAUCGUCAAAUAUCUUUCAACAACUUUGCAAGACCAGCAGCAUCUAAUACAAAUUCAGUUGGCAUUCUCUUCGUUAUGACCAUUGACACGGCUAUUUGCACAAAAUCAUCAACACCAUUUGCUGAAGUAAGCAAAGUUGGUUACUACAAAGAUAAAGAGGAAGAAAUACUCUUUUCAACACAUGCGAUUUUUCGUAUCGAUCGCAUUGAACAAAUUCACGAUAAUCACUCUGAUCGGCUAUACGAAGUUAAUCUCACUAUUGUGGGUAAUGACAAUCAUGAGUUGAACACACUUACAGCACACAUGCGUGAGGAAAUUCGGGGCGACAGCGGAUGGUCUCGACUUGGGUACAUACUUAUUAAAUUGGGUGAGACUACAAAAGCAGAACAAUUGUAUCAGAUACUCCUUGCAAAGGCAUCUUCUGAUGAAGAUCGAGCAGAUUAUAAUCAUCAACUUGGCUGGGUGUAUGAUAACAUGGGCGAGUACUCAAAAGCACUUUCAUAUUAUGAAAAAGAUCUUGAGAUUACCAAGAAAGCUCUCCCUCCGAAUCAUCCCGACUUGGCUGCUUCCUACAACAACAUCGGUAAUGUGUAUAGAGCCAUGGGCGAGUACUCCAAAGCACUUUCAUCGUAUGAACGAUCACUUGAAAUCCAGAAAAUAGCUCUCCCUCCGAAUCAUCCCGACUUGGCUACUUCCUACAACAACAUCGGUAAUGUGUAUAAUAACAUGGGCGAGUACGCGAAAGCACUUUCAUCGUAUGAACGAUCACUUGAAAUCCAUAAAAUAGCUCUCCCUCCGAAUCAUCCCGACUUGGCUGCUUCCGACAACAACAUCGGCUUGGUGUAUAAUAACAUGGGCGAGUACUCAAAAGCACUUUCAUCGUAUGAACGAUCACUUGAAAUCCAUAAAAUAGCUCUCCCUCCUAAUCAUCCCUCCUUGGCUGGUUCCUACAACAACAUCGGUAUGGUCUAUAAUAGCAUGGGCGAGUACUCAAAAGCACUUUCAUCGUAUGAACGAUCACUUGAAAUCAAGAAAAUAGCUCUCCCUCCAAAUCAUCCC